AUGGACUUUGAUAAAAUUGUGAACACAUUCCGCUACAAUGGAGCAUCACAUGAUGCUAUAUACCUCAGAGCAUUCUCGUUCUCGCUGAAGGAUGAUGCAAAGCAGUGCUUGAGAAGUUUGCCCACAGGGUCAAUCUGUACGUGGGAGGAGAUAACUACCAAGUUUCUGGAAAAAUACUUCUCAGCUGCUAAGGCUAGAAGGAUGAGGAAGGAGAUACACAAUUUCAGCCAAGGUGAAGGAGAGACAGUAUUCGAAGCAUGGGAAAGAUUUAAGGAGAUGCUGCAGAGGUGCCCUCACAACGGAAUGGAACAAUGGAUGCAACUUCAGGACUUUUGGGACGGUUUAAACCCGUCAUCUAGGAGAUUGCUAAAUAGUGCAGUUCCAGGCCCUUUGAUGAAGAAAACUCCAGAAGAGAUUGUCACUCCUUUGAAUGAACUAUCUGAAGAUGCAGAUCAAUGGUCCACAGACCAAGUGGAUCGGAGAAAAUUAGCAGGGGUGCACCAAGUAGAAUCAUCUGUAGCAAUGCAGGCCCAAAUUGCAGUUAUAGCUAAAGACAUCAAGCAAUUGACUAUGGCUCAGGUGCAAACUCAACCACAGGUGGGUUGUGACAUUUAUGGGAUGGGACACCCCACACAUGAGUAUCAAGCUACAGCUGAAGAGGUCAACAUUGUGGGGAACUUUAAUAGAGGAAACUACCAAGGUGGGAACAACUUUAAUGCUAUGGGUCAAAGACAUCCAGGUUUUUCGUGGAGUUAA